GUAACACACAGCUCGUCACACCCCGCAAGACGUCAGCGCGCAUACGUGUAGUGGUGACGCCGCAGUCUCGCGUGAUGAGACUUGUGACGUCGGGAUUUCCUGCGAGACAGGAGCCAAAGAGCUUGCGAUUAACGGCGUUGCGGAGUGUUUCAGUAUGACUGCAACAGCUGCUGUGAGUCCAAGCGAGUACCUACAGCCAGCUGCCAGUUCUGGGCAGGAUGCGCAACCAUCACCCCUGGCUCUCCUUGCAGCCACAUGCAGUAAGAUUGGACCUCCUGCCGUAGAAUCUACUGUGACAUCUGCAGCACCACCUCGACCUGCACGCAAGAGAUUGGUACCUAUUAAGCCAGCUCCUUUACCCCUGAGCCCUGGCAAGGCUAGCAUUGGGCUUUUUUCUCCUGCCAAAGGAAAUAUUAUUCAACUCCAAGCUCCCCAAUUAAACACAGUGGGCACAGGGAACGGGCAGCUGAUCUUUACCAUCCAGAACCCAGGGGGCAAGAUUGGACGAUACCAGACUUUGCAGAGUACUAACCAGGGUCUUCAGAACAGCUUUGGUAAUCAAAUCCAGCUCAUAAGUGAUAGUGGGACAGCUCUUCUUGCCCCCACCACUAACACCUCAAAGCAUGUGCCCAUCAAGCCUGCACCUUCUCAAACAUGCAGUACCCUGGUUAAAGUGCCAAACAAUCCUGGCACUGGUCUCACCCUUACACUGCCCAUCAGUAAUCUGUCAGACUCCACCGCAGAUACUGCAACUCAGCUUGUCUCAGGGAAGCAGAACAAAAAAGUCCGGAAGAAGCCACCAACCUCCGUAGCAGUUCCUGGUUCCCCCACUCAAGAUCAGGUGGAAACCGUUGUUAUUGAGACAACAGCAGAGAACAUUUUGCAAGCAGGUAACAACCUGUUAAUUGUACAGAGCCCCGGCACUGGCCAGCACGCUGUUCUUCAAGUGAUGCAGCCCAAGACGGAAACACAACUUGUGCAGAUCCCCCAGCAAGCUCUUAGAGUAGUACAGGCUGCUUCUGCAACAUUACCCACUGUUCCACAGAAACCAGUGCAGAGUCCAGAAUGUACCCCCACCCAGUUAUACAUCCGAACGGCAACAGGGGAUGUGCAGGCUGUAAUGAUGCAGGAAGCUCCAGCUGCCCCCCAGCCUUGUUCCUCCAAUGCAGGACCUAUAGUGACACAGACUGGCACUCCUACAAAGAAGAACCCUAUGCGCAAAGAGCGCUCCCUAGCCAAAAUUGCUCCAGCAGGGGGUAUUAUUAACCUGAAUACAACACAACUCGCAACUGCAGCCCAGAACAUACAGACCAUCAAUAUCAAUGGGGUUUCAAUGCAGAUGCCUGUCACAAUUACCAGCACUCCAGGGCAGCCACAGCUUAGCGUGCAGCAUGUAUCCAGCAGCAACGUGGCCAUCAGUGGGCUUAGUCCGUCGCAGAUUCAGCUGCAGAUGGAACAGGCCUUGUCCGGAGAGCUCCAGCCCGGGGAGAAGCGGAGAAGAGUGGCCUGCACCUGCCCAAACUGCAAAGAUGGUGAAAAGGGCAGGUGGGGCCCCCCUGGAAGAAAAAGACACGUGUGUCACAUUCCUGAAUGUGGGAGAACGUUCCGCAAGACAUCCCUCUUGAGAGCCCAUGUCCGUCUGCAUACUGGGGAGAGGCCGUUCGUGUGCAAUUGGGGAUUCUGUACUAAGAGGUUCACCCGCAGCGACGAGCUGCAACGACAUGCACGCACGCACACAGGUGACAAACGCUUUGAAUGCCCUCAGUGCCAGAAGAGGUUCACAAGGAGCGACCAUGUCUCCAAGCACUUCAAGACACACCUUGCCAUAAAGAAGCUGUGAUGCCAACACAGCCCUCAGCCCAGUUAUGUGGAAUCCUUGGACUGACUCCACUCGGGGAAUCCCUGUAAACCACAUAUGUGGUUCAAGUUAACCUGAAAUUUGUUGGAACACAGUGCUUGGCCAUUGGGAUUCCCAGUAGAUAAAGGCACCAACCCUCUUGCACUGGUCAGGUGACGGGGGGAAGUAGAAUGUUUGGUAGUAAGGGAAGCAGGAGAGUAGAACCAUCCUUCCUGCACUCACCCCUCUCUAGAUAAGAUUUUGGGUUCCGUUAUAAGGGACCGUGGAGAAAACAUUUUGCACAGACUAUGGUGGACUUCUGGGAGUCAGAAGAAUUAACCCAAGGAGAGGCACAAUUAGGGUUGCCACCUUUCCUGGAAAAAAAUACCGGCCUUCCUAUAUAUUUAUCUUUUUUCCCUAUUAAUAACAUUGGGAUCAACCAUAAUCUUUACCGGCCAGGUUGUUAAAAUACCGGCCAGGUGGCAACCCUAGGCACACCAACUGGCCAGCCAGGCUAGAACAUUCCCAGUUUUGUACUGUUUACCCCCUGCAGGAAGGUGCCUUAUUACUUCCCAUCUCCCAGUCAUUUUAUGUUCAAGCGUAUUUGUAUUUGUGCAAUGCUUUUUCUUCCCCCCCAGAAAAAUCCUGCUCAGGAGGAGCAAAAAAAAAAAAAUAUAUAUAGGUCAGGCAGGUGUAACAGGAUAAUGCCCCUCCUUCUGCGAUUUCGUUUCAAGGCAGCUAUAGCUUGAAAUCCCUUCCCUAACUCCCAUGCACUACAGCAAGGCUGGCUAUUUCUGAGCUAUUAAAUUACAGGGGGACUACG